UGGCAAGCGUAUAACCCUGACGACCAAGUUUGGAUAGAUAAGGGAGAACAAUGGUACGCGCCAAGUCCGUUCUGGAAUUGCAUGAUUCUGCUCGCGAUGGUCCCGUUCUACCUCGUUGUUGCGUGGUACUUGGCACAGGUGUUUUCGGAGGGGGAGGGCAAGGCGUUGCCGAUGUGGUUUCCGUGUUCGAAGCGUUACUGGACGGGCAAGAGCGACAAAAAAGUAGAAAAUACAGUGGUGCAAGCUCCUAUGCUACUCGGAACCGCCGUGCCGGGCGAUCAGAUUGGUGACGCAGUGGAAGAUACAGUAGGGAAAUCGAGGGAGGCGUCACGCGACGGAAGUGUGCAGUGCCUCAAACUCUCGAAAGCCUAUCACGCACAGACAGCGCUCCAAGAGUUAACCUUGGAGAUGCGUCGCGGAGAGAUCUCCACACUGCUCGGUCACAACGGUGCAGGCAAAUCAACCUUGAUCAAUUUGCUCACCGGAAUUAUGGUUAUAACUUUUCAGACAUCUAUAAUUUCUAAGAAGAGCGACAACGCUGUACAAAACUUCGUCAUGAUUUUUGAGGGAGUUGAGUAUUCAUGAAAAGAAACAAGUAAGUCAAAGUCAUUGAUUCACUCAGCUUCCUCUAAUAUGGGUUACCCUCCGACGCAUGGGCACGCCUUUGUCAACGGACUGUCCAUCGCCGAGGACAUGGCUGAGAUCCAGAAACGAAUGGGAAUCUGUCCGCAAGACCACAUCUUCUUCUCGGAGUUGACUGGCCGCCAGCACAUCGAGUUUUGGUCGCUUUUCCGUGGUGUGAAAGCGACUGACUUUCCGACAUCUCAAGAGGUCGACGCCUUGCUCGCUGCCGUGAACCUGUCCUUUGCGGCGGACCGACUCGUAAAACAGUACUCUGGAGGCAUGCAACGAAAACUGUGCGUCGCCAUUGCCAGUAUAGGACGGCCCGAAGUGAUUUUCCUCGACGAGCCGACGACAGGGCUCGAUCCGGUCUCGAGGCGGCAAGUCUGGGACUUUAUCCAGCGGUUAAAGAAAGACCGCGUGGUGGUGCUCACGACUCACAGCAUGGAGGAGGCGGACUGUUUGAGUGAUCGCAUCGGGAUUCUGUCUUCAGGCCGUCUAAAGACAGUCGGCACCAGUCUCCUGUUGAAAAACAAAUACGGAAGCGGCUUCCGACUCACCUUCAACGUGGAUCCCCCUCAAAUCCGCGACGUAGCAACUUUCGUGCGAGAAAAGCUUCCAGGUUCACAAAUAUUGAUCGCUGCGGGAACCAACCUCAGCGUCGCGGUCCCGCGUAGUCUCGCUGGGAUACUCCCCAACUUUUUGCGUCAGGUCGAACGCAUUAUGGGUGAGGGAGCUGACAAACCCGGUGGCGUGACCGGGACAUCAUCUUCGGGAGGCGGGCAGUCUGCGGGAAGCUCUCCCAGCGCUGUCCUUGGUUACGGGAUUAGCAACAGCACACUAGAAGAAGUUUUCAUGAACCUCACAGCAGGCGAGCGCCCUGCCUCU